AUGUUGUAUUUUUUUUUCUUUUUUUUGUUUUAUUUAAUUCCAUUAGUAAAUGUAUGUUCAAAAGCUUCCAAAAACAAAGAUAAUGGAAAAAUAACGUCUGCAACUAAAGUAGGUACUGUAACUAGCGGUGAAAAUAAGAAACAAAAAGAUUUACCUUUGAAAGCUGGUUCAGUUGCCACAACUGAAACAGGAACCGCAUUAAAAAGUUGUAAAGAAAAGAAUGCAAACUUGGAAAUAAAAAACAAUAAUAAUAAACAAAAAGCGUUAAAAAAAUCUUUGAAUCCUGAAGGAAAUAAAACAAAUGAAGCUGGGGUACAAGAUGAAACAAAUGUAGAUAUUAAUGAUACGCCUACUAAAAAAGGAAACAAUGAUACAUUUAAUAAAAUAGUAAAUAUACCAAAUAACGCUUUUGAUGGACCAGCAACAUUAAAAGAAAAUGUAGUUGCAUCAAAGUUUAUGAUAUAA